AUGGAGUUCGAAGACCGCUUCAGACACCAGGCUCAGAGAUCAAAAUAUGAUUGCCUUCUUUUUGAUUUAGAUGAUACUUUGUAUCCCCUCAAAUCUGGUCUUGCAAAAGCAUGUCUCAAAAAUAUUAAAGACUACAUGGUUGAGAAGCUUGGCAUAGACCCAAGCAAAAUUGAUGACUUGUCCAACCUCCUUUACAAGAAUUAUGGAACAACUAUGGCUGGUCUAAGGGCAAUUGGAUAUGACUUUGACUAUGAUGAAUAUCAUAGUUUUGUUCAUGGGAGAUUACCUUAUGAGAACCUAAAACCAGACCCAGUUCUGAGGAACCUGUUGCUGAGCCUGCCCUAUAGGAAACUUAUCUUCACAAAUGCAGACAAAGUCCACGCGGCUAAGGCACUUAACAGGCUUGGAUUAGAAGACUGCUUCGAAGGAAUCAUAUGCUUUGAGACCCUUAAUCCCAUCCACAAGAGCACUGUUUCUGAUGAUGAAGAUGACAUUGAGUUUGUGGGUUCAAGGGCAACCAAUCCAACCACUAGUAGUAAUGGUCCAGGCACUUCUCAAAUCUUUGACAUCAUAGACCAUUUCGCUAAGCCAAAUCCCAGUCCAGUCUUGCCAAAGACACCAAUUAUUUGCAAACCAUCAGAAAAUGCCAUUGAAUUGGCCCUCAAGAUAGCCAACCUUAACCCUCAAAGAACUUUGUUCUUUGAGGACAGUACCCGUAACAUACAAGCUGGAAAACGUGUGGGCCUUCACACUGUGCUGGUUGGUACAUCCCAAAGAUGUAAGGGUGCAGAUUAUGCUUUGGAAAGCAUUCACAACCUUAGAGAAGCUGUGCCAGAACUAAGGGAGGCUGAUAUAAAAUCAGAAGUUGGAUACCCUGGAAAGCUAGCUGUGGAGACACCUGUCACAGCUUGA